AUGUACUUCCUCAACAGUGAAGAGUGUACCCAGCCACUGCCUUCGGAUCCACCCGCGACGCCAACCAUACUUCCUGGAGCAUUUCUUGACUCUCUAGGAACUUCGUCUGAACUCCAGGUGAUAUAUGAAAAGUAUUUCUCGUCCAUCCACGCCUGGCUGCCAUUACUUAGCCCGAAAGUAGUCAGACGAAUUGUCCAGGAGGAAACAUUCCGAGGAGACGCAAACCACGCGUUGCUGCUUAUGUGUAUUAAGCUGAUAAGCCAGCAACGAUCAAAGGCCGGCCCCGUGACCGACAACAUUUAUUCUUUGGUGAAGGAACUCAUCAUGAAGCUUGAAAUAACGGCGCUUCCAUCCCUGAUUUUGCUUCAGUCAAUCAUAUUGAUCUCUACUUACGAGUCAAUGCAAGGUAUAUUCCCUAGCGCUUUCUAUAGCGUCGGUCACGCUGUUCGUUUGGGUACCAUGAUGGGACUUCACGAUCGAGAACAUGCGCUGCAACUUUUCAAGGAUCCAGGUACCUGGACUCGGCGUGAGGAGCAAAGGCGUGCCUGGUGGUCGGUGUUAUUGUUGGAUAGGUUCACCAACCAAGAGCUGCCUUCCGUGCCCCUUUCCACUCCUGAGCCCCACUCUGGCGAACUGCUGCCUUGUUCAGAGACAGCUUGGGAUACUGGUGCCGUUGGCAUUAACGAGCCACUUUACGUACCAGAGUUCUCCGCGAAUACUACGCUUGGCUCGUUUGCGAAUGCAUGCCAGGCAGCACAUGCACUUGGCCGGGCACUGCGGCAUCGCGAUGACCGCCAUACGGACGUCGAUAUCGGUUUCCGCGUGAACGAGGCCAAGCAGCUACAUACUAUACUAUCGGCAUUAACGACGCACCUGUACCGAAAUAUCGGCAUAUCUAUGCCAGACAGCUCGACAAUGACGGCACUAGGCCUUACUUUCACUGCGCGUUAUCUGGUUUACGGCUUGUAUGCCUGCAACGAGCGCUACUCAUCAGGCGUAAGAAGUACGCAGGAGACUGAGAUGCAACAAAUCUCUCUGGCUGGUAUUUACGAAGUGAGCCAUCAGAUAUGGACACUGACGCGACGUAUCCUAGACAUUGCGGCCUCAGGCGAGGCGGCCUGCAAGGCGAGCCCGCUUCUCUGCCAUUGUCUCUAUUUGGCAGCGGGCGAAUGCGAAUGGUUUGUUCUUGAAGACAGUGAGAGUGACGGACGUAUCUGGUUCCUGGAUAUCGUGGAGCUCCUCCGCAUCAUGGCCGAGCGCUGGCAAAUUGCGGGGAUCUAUGUUGAGGAGAUCAACAAAUGGCCUGGGUAUAAUCAAGUCCGUCAAUAA